CUGCCGCAGCUUCUUCGUCUCUCAGCCCUGUCCUCGCCCUCAUUUGAUAUCAUCGCCUCUCAGAACAUCCACCAUCUCCACAUCCUCUCCCUCUUCAACAAUCAACAAUGCUGGGAAUGUCAAACUCCUACACCCACCUCUCCGACGCCGUCUCCCUCAACCUCCGGCGUCACGAUAGACCCCCCUCCUCCUCCUCCUCCUCCGCCGCCGCCGCCGGCUCAGCAAAGGACCUGCCAGACAUGGAAAUCGACGCAAUCCUAGACCAAAACUCCAUCGACUCCCUGCGAAUCCACGAAUUUCCCGGCACCUGGGUCUCUGGCCCCGGUUCGGCGCGGCAAACCCAGCAGCAGCAGCAGCAGCAGCAAUUAAACUCCGCCGGUGCACCUUCCCAGACGUCGACAAAAGUCGAGUUCACAGACGCGAACCUCGCGCCCAUGCAAUUCGACGACGACGAUUGCGAUGCUGCUGCCGAGCAACUACUUAACGACACGGGCUCGUACCCGACAAGCUUACCUUCUUCCGCUGGCGAAAACCACCUCCUCCAGCACCAGCAGCAGCAGCAGCAACAGUUUAUGAGCCUUGACUCGCGAUCUAGUUCGUCGCCUGAUCAGCCGGUGCUGAAUGGAUAUAACCAAAGGAACUCGGGCAGUGCUGACGAGGAGUCAAAUCAUAUGGACGAUGAGGACCCGCAGUCGAAACGCAAGGCACAGAACCGGGCAGCUCAGCGCGCUUUCCGAGAACGAAGAGAACGACACGUCAAAGAGCUCCAAGCAAAACUCGCCGAAGCCGACCAGAAAAUCAGAGAACUCCAGAGCUCAAACACCCGUCUGCAGAAAGAACUCGACUGGUUCCAAGCCGAAAACAAAAUCUUGAAAGAAACCGCCAACGCCGAUCGCGAGCGCGCGGCCGCCGCUACCGCUGCUGCUACCGCUGCCGCUGCCGCCGCUGCCUCUGGACGGACGGGAGCUGAUAGUAAUCAUGAUCGAUUGAUGUCUGCCUCGGCUCUUCCCACCGAAGUCACUUUCCCUCGCUUCAUGAGCGACGAAUCCGAAAAACGGCACUCGGAAAUGAUCCAACCCACCGAAUCCGAAAAAGCCUUCCUCGCGCCCUCCGACAUCUGGGACCGCCUCAAGACCCACCCGCGAAGCGAGCAGAUCGAAAUCGAAGCAAUCAUGAAACUGCUCAUGAACAAAGUACACUGCAGCGGCAACGGGCCUGUUUUCAAACUCAGUGAUGUCGACGAUGCUAUCGCGCUUGUUUUGUUGAGGAUCGAUCAGCUUUCUUCGUAGGUUCUCUAUCAUCCAUGUAUUGUGUUUAUUUUGUAUCGGCUUGUUAUCUAUCGGACGGAGCUCUCGGCGUUUAUCUCUCUCUCUUUUAUCUU